GGGACAUUUGGAGCAAAGUUGUACAUGAUAAAUUCGCAACCACUGUGAAGGCAAAGGGCAAAAUAUGUUCAAGAACCAUGAAUAACACCAUAGAGGACAUCCGGGAAUUUAAAGGGCCUACUGUGAAUAUGACUGCGUCUAGUCAGAAAGUCAUUGGCUACAUUUUGGAUGCAAGUUCCGUCUUUCUUCUUGUCAUUGUUAUGAUGUCACUUGGUUGUACUCUGCAACUCUCAGAACUUAGAAAAUAUUUCCUGAAGCCCAGAGAGAUUGGAAUAGCUCUGUUAGCACAAUAUGGAAUCAUGCCCUUGUCUGCCUUCUCCUUGGGGUAUAUUUUGAAUCUAAGUUCUAUUGAAUCCUUGGCUAUUCUAAUAUGUGGUUGCUGUCCUGGAGGGAAUAUAUCCAAUAUCCUUACUUUGGCUAUUAAAGGUGACAUAAACCUAAGUAUUUUAAUGACCAUUUGCUCAACUGUACUUGCCCUGGGAAUGAUGCCAUUGCUUCUCUACAUCUACUGUCUUGGACUGAACCUUGGUCCACUAUACAAGAAUGUACCUUUUGUAAAAAUAUUAAUAUCCUUGACUAUCACACUCAUUCCAUGUCUUCUUGGUGCGUUCUUGAAUUUUAAGAGACCACAAUACUCCCGGGGUUUUAUUAAGGUUGGCGGUAUCCUUGGGAUGGUGUUUGUAGUGGUGGUCAUAGUGUUGAGCUUUUUCUAUCUGAAAAGCAAUGUUUUUAAAAUCUUUUCACCUAAGAUGAUUGGAGUCUCACUGCUGUUGCCCUUUUUUGGCUAUGUACUUGGUUAUGCAAUGGCUUCCAUCUUCCAGCUUCAUGAACAAGCUAGACGCUCCAUCUGCAUGGAAACCGGAUGCCAAAAUGUUCAACUCUGUACUGCCAUAUUAAAAAUUGCUUUUGAUGCUGAAGUUAUUGGCGUUUACUUCAUGUUUCCUUUGCUAUAUAUUCUGUCUCAAGUACUACAAGGCCUUGCUUUGAUCCUGGUAUUCCGCAUUCAAGACAAAAUAAAGGCUAAAGCUAUUGCCAAAUCAUAUCUCGGUGAUGAUAACAUGAAAGAAAAUCUCAAUACCACAGAUACCAGUUGUUAAGUGAAUUAAAGCAAGAAGAUGACCACACAUGAAUUUGGUGAAUGGUUGUGUAAACGUAUCUUAGACAAGUUCAUGUUAUAUGUCCAGUCAUUUACCUGUCUGUCAUUCACAAACGUAUUCAGAAAUGGAAUAUCCCAUGAUCACCUUACCAGCAUUGUCACUAUAAAAACA